CAGCACAGGGGAGUGAAACAUGGCCGGUAGAGGAGGAAAACAGAGUCGGUCGGGCGCUGGCCUGUCGGGCAGAAAGGGUGCCGACGAGCAGGAGGAAGAGGAGCAGCCGCUGCAGGCUGUCUUAGUCGCGGACAGCUUCAACCGGAGGUUUUUUCCGGUGACCAAAGAUCAGCCGAGGGCUCUGCUGCCGCUGGGCAACGUCGCCAUGAUCGACUACACGUUGGAGUUCCUCACGUCCACCGGGGUGCAGGAGACGUUCGUCUUCUGCUGCUGGAUGGCCAGUGAAAUCAAGGAGCACCUGCUGAAGUCAAAGUGGUGCCGACCCACCUCUCCGAACACGGUCCACAUCAUCACCUCGGAGCUGUACCGCUCCCUCGGGGACGUGCUGCGCGACGUGGACGCCAAGUCUCUCUUGCGGUCGGACUUCGUGCUGGUCUACGGAGAUGUGGUCUCGAAUAUCGACAUCGGUCCGGCGCUGCACGAGCACAGGUAUCGUCGAAAGAUGGAGAAGAACAUAUCGGUGAUGACGAUGGUCUUCAAGGAAUCCUCGCCGGGCCACAAGUCGCGCUGCGAGGAGGAUGACGUCAUUGUUGCUAUGGACAGCAGGAGCCAGCGGAUCUUACACUACGAGAAGACCCACGGGCUGAAGAGGCUGCAGUUCCCCAUGAACAUCUUUCACAACGGAAGCGACGAGUUUGAAAUCAGACACGACCUCCUGGACUGUCACAUCAGCAUCUGCUCCCCGCAGGUUGCUGAGCUCUUCACCGACAACUUCGACUACCAGACGAGGAACGACUUCGUCAGAGGGAUGUUGGUCAACGAGGAGAUCAUGGGCAACCAGAUACACAUGCACGUCACCAAGGACGGUUACGGCGUCCGCGUGUCCAACCUCCUCAUGUACGACUCGGUGUCGUCGGACCUCGUGCGGCGGUGGGUCUACCCGCUCACCCCCGAGGCGAACUUCAUCGACCAGCAGGGACGGAGCUGCACGUAUUCGCGCCACAACGUCUACCGAGGGUCCGGAGUCAGCCUGGGCCACGGCAGCCAGAUGGAGGAGAACGUCCUCAUCGGCUCCGACACCAGCAUCGGCGCCAACUGUUACAUUUAUAACAGCGUCAUCGGUAACAACUGCACCAUAGGGGACAAUGUGACCCUGGACCACGCCUACAUCUGGAGCAACGUUCACAUUGCCAGCAAUGUGGCGAUCAACCAGUCUCUGGUCUGCGACAAUGCAGAGAUCAAAGAAGGCGUGAAGCUGAACAAACAGUGUGUGGUGGCGUAUAACGUGGUUAUUGGACCCAACACCUCUCUACCCGAGGGCACCGUGGUGUCCAUGCACCAUCCGGACGAAGAGGAAGAGGAGGAUGACGAUCAGUUCCUGAGUGACGACGGCGCAGUUGGUCACAGCAAAGACAAAACCAAACUGAAAGCGUUUAACCCGGCGGAGGUCGGGGCGAAUGGGAAAGGCUACAUCUGGAAGGCCGGCAGUCUGGACGACACGGAGGGCGAAGAGCUGCUGCAGGGCCUCUGGGGUUUGGUGUUGAACCCGGACCCCGAGAGCGAAAGUGAGGACAGCGAGCCCGAUGACCCCGACGACCUCGUGAUCCCCUCCCCCGAGAUGGAUGAUGUCAAUGUCUUCCAGAUGGAGGUGCUCGGGACUCUGCAGAGAGGGUUGGAUGAAAACAUCAGCUGCGACAAUCUCGUGCUUGAGAUCAACUCUCUCAAGUAUGCCUACAACAUCUGUCUGAAAGAGGUGAUGCAGAUUUUAAUGCGCGUGGUGCUGGAGUACCCCUUCCAGCAGCAGGGCCCUCAGCUCACCCCGUCGCAAUACGUCGCUCUGCUGCUGCCGUUGCUGAAGAAGUGGGCGCCGGUGUUUAAGAACUACGUGAAGAGGGCGCAGGACCAUCUGGACUGCCUGUCGGCCUUCGAGGAGCACUUCAUGGAGCAGGAGAGCCACUGGGCGGCGAUGGUCAAGAUCCUGAUGAACAUGUACCAGCUGGAGAUCCUGGAGGAGGAGACGAUACUCCGCUGGUUCUCGCAGGAAGCCUCCACCGACAAGAGCAGGCAGCUCCGCAAGAACCAGGGGCUACAGAAGUUCAUCCAGUGGCUGAAGGAGGCCGAGGAGUCAUCAGAGGAGGAAGGGAAGUGAUGAGGAGCGCUUAAGAAAGGACAACUCUGUGAAAGUUAAACUAUUGUUUGGAUAAAAUGGACUCAGGCAGCUUCCCACCACUCCGAUCCCGCAGGACAGUCACGUAGGGCUGUCGACGUCAAAAUCCAAAUAAAGAAGAAAGACUCUCUGACUGCGUAGAGAUCAUCUGUCAGAAACUAUCACACAAUGUUAUAUUAAAACAAUAGAACAGUU